AUGUGCCUCGCAAACACUGGUGCUUCAAGUCACGGUGAUAAACAGAGACCGAGUUCAAACCCUGCAGCUGCAGUUGGGAACCAACCUGUGGCCAGCAGGCCAAAGGAUGUUGUAUUUAAAGAGUUCAUGAGAUUACAGAACGGGUUUGAAUAUAAUGUCACGAUACGCCUAAUCUCAUGCUUAGAACGUUUGCUUGGGAGAACGACUAGUGGUCAAAAUAAUCUGUUGAUUCUUUCUACCCUUGACUUGAUUCAAGGGUUGUUACUGCUCCAUCCUUCGUCGCGAAAGUUGUUCGCACGUGAAAUUCAUAUGAAUGUUCUAUUGGAUCUCCUGGAUACCGACAACAGUGGGCCUGUCCAAUGCGCAACUCUGUUGACGCUUGUAUGCGCGCUACUGGAUAACCCUGCGAAUACUCGAACAUUCGAAGUCCUUGAUGGCCUCGCAACUGUUACCUCACUCUUCAAGCGUCGCGACACUCCUAGAGAAGUCAAACUGAAGAUACUGGAAUUCCUGUACUUUUAUCUCAUGCCUGAGACGGCGCCAGGAUCCACGGAUAAAUCUAGCACGCCAUCGAAGCACAAGGUUGGCGAAAAGACUGCUGGUGACAGACAACCGUCCAGGACAUCCAGGAGGAAGGAUGACAUCAGACUGGAGAAAACAACCGAAGAAAAGCAAAGGAUGCUUGGGGAGUUCAUGAGUAAUGUUGAGGGUUUAGUGGCAGACCUGAGGGAAAGCCAGCCAUUUGGCAUGUAG